CUAGUAGAUAGAUAAAUUCAACUUUUAGUAAUUAGUAGCUUAAACUUUCAAGAUUGGCAAUAAAUUAACCUCAGCUCCUAUAUACAAGCUGUUAAUCAGGUCUUAACAUAACAAACAAUUGAAGAAAGAAUUAUUAUUACUCCCUUCCACGCCCGAGUCAUAUUCUCGUCCAUGUGGUACGUACUUGCAUGGUCUUCCCUUCUCUCAUCCCCAUUUUUCUUGCCUACUCUUUUGUUCUCGAUCUCUUUGUACGUACGUACCUUCUUCUUCAAACCCAACCUUACUAAUUCCUUUCUUCUCAAUUCUUCCCAUAAUCUCAUCACUCAUUACUAAUUUCUUUGAUUUCUUUCCUUUAUUUAUUGUGUGCUUACUAUAGAUUAAAUAUAACUAUAUAUAUGGACAAAAGGCGAUCAGGUGAUGAACUCUCCUCUGAUCAUUCAGAUGCGCCUAUAAGAACACCUCUUUCCUGCUAUCUUCUCCCGUCUUCAACCUCCUCCUCAUCUUCUGUACUAUCAAUGGAAUCUUUGGUCAACGAAAAGUCUCCGCAACCCACUAUCCAAUUCCCGGUGAGCCACGUCAUCAGCUCCGCCGAUCAGCACCGGGAUGAUGAACGGAAGGUUUUAGAUGAAAUGGACUUCUUUGCUGACGACCAUAAGAAGGAUAAUAAUGUUGUCAUGUCCAAAAGCAAGGAAGGUCUGGAGCUACUGGAACCCGACUUGGAUUUCAGCAUAAAUACUCGCUUGGGCCUUCUUACUGCAAAUACUGCUAAGGAUCACUCAAUGGUGGAAGACAAGUUGCCACCUGCCGAUUCCCAGGAAAAUAACAUGAGUGAGCUAGAUGUGGUUAAAGCUGAUCUAGAGAGAAUAAGCAGUGAGAAUCAAGCCCUAAAGAAGAUGUUGCAUCAAGUGACAGACAGCUACAGUAAUCUUCAUAAGCAAAUGACCACCUUUAUGCAACAACAAAAGAAUGACAAUGGAAAAUUAUUGAUACAACAAGACGACGACAACAACAACAAUAAUAACAACUCCUCUGGUAAUGGGGAGCGGCGAAAGUUGCGGCCAAGGCCACAGUUUGUGGAUCUUUGUCUGGCAACUGGAACAUCAAACGAAGCCGAUGAAACUUAUAAUAACCACUUGCCCGGUGGCGUGGAUAGAGGUUGUAGAUCGUCCGCAUCCGGAGAAGACAGCCCCGAAAAGGGGUCUUCAUCCACUGGUUGGGGAGCGAACAAGGUUGGACCAGCACUUGAGGAAAGUGGUAGUCAGGCUGCAGCCACUGAGGCAACCAUGAGGAAGGCCCGUGUCUGCGUUAGGGCUCGAUCCGAUUCACCAAUGAUCACAGAUGGCUGCCAAUGGCGUAAGUAUGGUCAGAAAUUGGCAAAAGGGAACCCUUGCCCUCGAGCAUAUUACCGGUGCACCAUGGCGACAGGUUGCCCAGUUCGGAAGCAAGUACAGAGAUGUGCAGAGGAUCGAACAAUUCUGAUAACAACCUAUGAAGGAAAUCACAACCACCCAUUGCCGCCGGCCGCCAUGGCUAUGGCGUCCACAACCCAAUCGGCGACGAAGAUGCUGCUUUCCGGAUCCCUGCAUAGCGCCGACGGCGUAAUCAGCCCAAACAUGUUAUCCUCCGCUUUAUUCCCGUGCUCAUCAAGCAUGGCGACGAUCUCAGCCUCUGCCCCAUUCCCGACCGUCAUGCUAGACCUAACCCAACCCCCAAAUAAUAACAGUAAUAAUCUGCUCCAAUUUCCAUCGCUAUUGACGCCGCAGGUUCUUGGACAAGCUUUGUUUGCCCAGUCGAAAUUCUCAGGCCUGCAAUUGUCUCCGAACAGGGAAAAUCAGAACCAAAUCGCAGCCUCUAAUGCCAAUUCUCAGCUUCUUGAGACGAUCAAUUCCAUGGCUGGCGAUCCGAACUUCACGGCUGCUAUAGCAGCCGCCAUUUCUUCCUUGAUCGGAAAUUCAUCAGAUCCGGCCAAUGUUACAAACUCCAACACCAACAAUAAUAAUAAUGGCAGUAACAAAUCCACCAAUCCUGGUGUUCAAGCAAACUAAAUUUGAUAUACUUAUUAGCUUCGAGUAGACUAAUGGUGCUCCUAGAGUGUGUCACAAUAUUCCAUAAAGAAGUUAUUAUCUGAUGCUCUUUAAAAUUUUGUACUA